AUGCGUCCUAAAGCUAAUGAUAACUACCAAGGGCCUAUUCCUCAGAAGGCCGAAUCCCUCAUACAAAAUGCAUACAGUUAUCUUGAGUAUUUGCUGAAGGAUCAUAAAUGUCGCGAAGCUCAACUUAAAAAUACGCUGAAUAUAUUCGAUAACUGGAUGGAAAAAGGAGAAUGCCUUUUCAAUGUUACAAAUGAUGACAAAGAAGAUUAUUAUUGCUUUGUCAGAUGCAGGCAAGAGAAAAAGGAACCAAGUCGACUUAUUGGCCUUUGGUUGCUUUGUGCAUCCUGCUCAGUGGCUUCCUGCGAGAGAACCAUUAGUGCACAAAGGCUUAUCCUGACAAUCCGCAAUUUAAGGCUAUCCAAGAAAGUUAAGGACACGCGGUUGACAAUUUUCAGGAGUCUUGAAAUGCAUUUACAUGUACUUAAUGUAUAA